UGGCUGGACUGAUAACUCUGCUUGUUCGUUCAACGUUGCAACAGUACACUCAAUAUACCUAGCCACAGAUUCCUAUACAGACCUCUGACAACGCGAGUCAACAUGUCUAGCGCUAAAAAAGUCAUCAUCACGUUCAAGAAGGGAUCCUCGGAGGAGGAAAGGGAACAAGUCCUGAGUGAUGUCAAGAACCAAGGCGAGUACCUCAUGAGGCUGGGACACUCUUGCGGAGAGAUCCUGCAACAGGACAAUCUGCACUCUACGAUCAUGCCCUUUGUCGUCGCUCAGCUCCAAGAAGCGCACUUUGGAUCUCUGCGAUACGACUCUCAGGGUGGUUCUCACAGCACGAUAGAGCAUGUCGAGGAGGACGGAGAGGUCAGAAUCCAACCAGUGUAG